AUGUCAGGCAGAGACCAAGACGACUUCAGCGAGCAGCUAGCUGAAGGCGCCGGCGAAGCAGCCGGCAACGUUGAGAGGACCUACGAUGACGCGAGCGAAAAUGUCGAGCAAGGCUACGAAUACGUGAAAGACGCGCCUGAAGAGCUGGGUCGCGCGGCUGUCGAAGGCAUCAAAGACGCCAUUGAGACUGUUGUGAACAUGCCAGAGGAGAUCGGCGAGUCGUUCGAAGGCGCUGCGAGUUGGACUGGCGAGCAGAUGGGAGAGGUGGAAGAGAAUACCGGUGAGGCUGUGGAUGAUGUGCAGCAGUACGGCGAUGAGAUUGGUGAUUCGUACGAUCGGGGUCGCGAGGAGGGAAGGUGGGACGACUGA